AUGUACUACUCCCUCUCAACUCUUCCAGCCUUUGCAACUGUACGGCCCAAACCCACAUCUCUCUCUUCCCAUCGAGCUCUCCCCAUCAGAGCCAUGAGAGCCGUCGUCCAGCGAGUCGCUUCCGCCAGCGUCGAGGUGGACGGCCGCACCGUCUCGUCCAUUGGGCCAGGCCUUCUCGUCCUCGUCGGCCUUCACGAGUCCGAUUCCGGCUCCGAUGCUGAGUACAUAUGUAGGAAGGCGUUGAAUAUGAGGCUGUUCACAAAUGAGAGCAGCGGCAGAGGCUGGGACCAAAACGUAAUGCAGAGGAACUAUGAAGUCUUACUAGUGAGUCAGUUUACAUUGUAUGGAUUCCUGAAGGGUAACAAGCCUGAUUUUCAUGUGGCCAUGGCGCCGGAUAAAGCAAAGCCCUUUUACGCUUCCUUGGUUGAGAGUUUUAGAAAAUCAUACAAGCCGGAUGCAAUAAAAGAUGGUGUGUUUGGAGCAAUGAUGAAGGUAAAUUUGGUCAAUGAUGGACCAGUUACAAUGCAAAUCGACUCACCAUCUCCUAAGAACUCAAAUGAUGUUGAAGAAUCAUGAUCUAGUUGGCAUUGCUUUGAUUCAAUGGAAACUUAGCGAUACGGCAUAAUUGAAUAGUGUGGGAUGUAUAUUUAUCAUUUUCUGGAUCAAUAGCAAUGAAUCAAUGAUUGAUGGCAUUAGAAAGUGUAUCAUAAACAGAUCUU